CCACGAUUGUACUUCCGACGGAAACAAACACAACAUUGUCAACAAACCACAGCGGAAAAUGUCGACCGAAGUUAGCGAUGAAAGUUACCAUGAUAACAUAACUACAGAAAUUUGGCCAAGUGGUUUCGCGGGUUCCAAGUAUGGACUGUUCGUCGUAUUUGUCUCUACAAUAUUGUUUUAUUUUUCGGGUGUAUUAACAGAAUAUAUCCGACCGUGUGUAGCAGAUCGACAGAAAUGGAGAUGGAAAAAUAUUUCAGUUUCGUUGCUUCAUGCCAUAAUCAGCGGUUUGUGGUCCGUCAUUUGUUUCAGAAAUGAACCAAAAAUGAUGGAAGAUUUAAUUAAUAUUGCAACUCUUCAGGGCCAUACCCUCAUUUCAGUGUCAGUUGGAUACUUCAUCUAUGAUAUUUCUGACAUGCUUAUUUACCAAAGGAGCAGACAAACACUUGAGCUUCUUCUGCAUCAUUUUGUGAUUGUGGUGUGUUUCGGCAUUGCGAUUGUCACAAAAGUGUAUGUGGGUUACGGUGUGUUGGCGCUGGUGGUUGAGUUGAACAGUAUCUUCUUGCACACCAGGCAGCUGCUGCAGUGCUGUGGGUACACACGCACCGAUAGAAUCUAUAGACUCAACAGCCUCGUGAACUUGGGCACAUUCCUUGGUUUUCGCAUACUGACCCUUGCAUGGAUGACUCGGUGGAUUGUGAUCAAUAAAGACCUUGUGCCUUUGCCGUUUUACACUGUUGGAAGUUUAGGGUUAGCGACAAUGACGGUCAUGAACAUCAUCCUCUUCUAUCGACUGCUCAAAAGUGACUUCCUCCGCCAAAAAGAGUCCCAUAAGAAAGAAGACUAAAAAAGAAGACAUUGUGGGUUUACAAAUCCACAUAUCUUACACAAACACAUCCGAAAAUUACUAAUUCAAAAUCGUUUUUUUUUCCAAAAUCUGAAAUCCAUUAAUUUUUAUGUCAACUUAAAGACUAUUAAAGAAACACAAAAUGUUAAGGGACGAAUAUAAAUUACUCGACAUAUUAAUGUAACAUUUGGUUAAAUGAAUGUUGAUGCAUGUUGAUUUUUCAAGAAUGAUUUAUGGCAAGAUAAACAAAAUAUUGGGUAACACAGUUAAAACAUAUUGUUCAAUCAAAACCAAUAUAAAUAUUUGUUUAUUUGUUGUUGGAUCAUUUAAUCAAAACAUAAUUUAUGGGUUUCUGUUUGGAUAGGCAUCUGUUUUCAAACUUCAAUUUAAACAACUAAGUUACUUUGUAGAUGGUAGAAUCUAAGUAUGAAAUUGAACAUUUGUAGCUUGCGUUAAUAAAUACAGUCAGUAUUGUACACAAUAAAUACAAUGGACGAUUAAAUUGUUGGUAAAUAUUGAGGGAAAAUCAAAGAUUGAGCAGUUUGUUCAAAAUUUUCAUUCAAUGUAAAUCUUUUUAUUUAAGUCUGUUUUGAGAAUAGUGGGGCUUAAUGCAUGCGCAUAAAGACUUAUUGUCAGCCAUGAUCAGUAUGUGGGACGAAACUACGCAUAUGCGUUAGGCCCUGUUUUCCCAGAACAGUUCUCAUUUUUAUGUUUAUUGUUUAAUUUAACUCUGUAAGACCUCAUUUUGUAUCUGCUAGCAUUUGUGUCUUAUUAUUGUUGUUUCAUACCCUAAACAAAGAAUGUGAUAUUUUUGUAACAUAAGCUUAAGUAUGCUAUUUGUAUUCUCUAUGUUAUUUGUAUUCAGCUAAUAUUUUGUACAUGUUUGAAUUUGUAUAUUUUUAUUAUGAAGUGUAUUUGCAAUCCAUAAAUUACUAGAAAGUUUUCCAGACUUCUUUGUGGAGUACUAAUAUAUCAGGCUGUGAUAGGUUAAUUAGAUAACUGGCUGUUGUGGUAAAUAAAUGCACUACUUAGCCUUCUACAUGUAGCCACUUUUCCUAUGGUUACGUUCAUUUAAUAUUUUGAACAAUCGUAUGCGCAUAAAUAUGAAACAAUUCAAAGAACAUUUUGUAUCAUGAAAUAGAGAAAUACAUGUUUGUAAGAAUAAAUAAAACAGUUUGUAUAAACAGAUUGUGUUAACGCAAAAAUAACAAGAACAUAAACAUGACCUACACUGUAUGACUCACCAUGUCAUUUCCUGUGGUUUCGUGAAUUUUGAUUGGUUGCCAAUUUGCAGGUGCUAGAUGAGGCCCGAACUAGUGUUACUUAUUAAAAUGCAUCCAUAUAUCGUCACACACACAAAACGAGUUAACAACAAUGAAAUAAUUGAUUCAAGUGAGCUAUAUUAACGAUGUCAAAUUAAAAUUAACUAGAAAAAGUUAACUGGAGGGAACUGAACUAAGUAUGUUAUUAUGUUAUUAAUAUGUUAUUAAGCCAUAUUUUCACUUCAUUGUAUUCAACAUGUUUGACUACUAAGAAACAAGCAUGAUAUAAAUUUGGAACCUAUAUGAUCAUAAAUUAAAUUAUUUAGUAAACCUUUCUGAAAUACCGGCAUUGUGUACAGUUACCUUACUUUGCCAUGUAUUCCGCGCAAUCAAUGAUUACUCAUUUAUUUAGGCAUAAUUGGGUAAACAAAUUUUUCUAAUAAAGAAAACCAGAAAAUUGGCCAAUAUUUUAACACUGCCCAUUCAGUUAUCACGUUACUGAAACAUUGAUCAGUGUCACUGAAUCUGUAUAUUUACAGUUACCGUAAAAUAUUAAGUGUUUUAUCACAGGCUUCAUGGCACUAUUAUUUUUACAAUGCUGUAGAUAAUUUGUUGAGACUACAAGGGGUUCUGUAAAGGGUUGAUUUUGUUAGUGUGUGCCUUGGUAAUGGUGGUCUUUAUUUGAAUGCUAAAGCAUCAACAUGAUUAAUUGUUCAUAAUAAUCACUCUAAAAAUUGCAAUGUUAAAUAGAACACUGACUUUUCAGGGGAUUUUAUGCUUGGAAAAUUCGGUUAAACCAUUGUGUGCGGAUUCUGCUGAAUAUAUAACUUGAAAUGCUUUACAGUUUCAUUUAGUGGGAUUUUAAAUAAUUUUAGAUUGCUGUGCGGUUACAUUAGUAAUAAAAAAUUGUUAAACAUUUAAUAUUUGUACACUCCUAUUAAUGUAAUUUCAUAAUUUAAAAUUCGGAUUCGUUGCUUAGCAUUUCAAAUUGCUAAAACAGUGCUAUAAAUGAUAAAAAAAAUGUCAAAACACAUACAAAGACAUGAUCAUUUUAAUUCAAACAUGUUUAUGGCUCUAUGAACUGCUGCUACCUUGUUUACGCCAAAUGUUACCAGCCCUUUCAACCUGUAAGAUAAUAGAGUGUAGAAUUCUGGAGAAAAAAAACAUCGCAUGGGUAUGGAUAUGUAGGAAAGAACAAUGAUAUUUUUGCAAUUAGCAGUCUGAAUUGCGUUGUAUCAAUGUAUAAUGCAACUGAAUGUGAGUGUUAAAGUACUGUUUAUAAUUUUGCUAGAUAUGAAAAUUGACAUAACUUUUCUGCCAGAGAAAUGGUAGCAAAAAGAUUCAACCAAGUGUCCAAUGGAUUUCUGGUGCUUUUUAUUCAGCCUUAUUAGACAUUAAGGUGGUUAGAGACAAUCAGUACAUACCAUAGUAAUUGGUUUAUCUUGAUUUCACAUUUUUCGAGUAACAAUAUUGCAGGUGUUUAUUUGCCCCGAUAAAGCAAUGGAGGAUACUGGAAUCACCAGCUGUUGGUAGACGCAAUCACAUCCCCAGAUGGUAUAUGUUCUCCGACACUUCUCAAUGAGAAACAUUCAAUCUUGCAUGUAUUGUUCCUAAUGAUAAGAAGUAGUACAAUUGCAAUUUUUAUAAUCCUAAGGGUAUAAAAAAAGAAAAUUGAUACCUCUUAUACAACUUGCGACAAAUUAUUAGAUCUAAUGUCAGGGCUAUUCCUUUGUACAGUAACAAGUUCUAUUUUUAUUUUCUUAAAAAUCAACUGUACAUGGUAAAAUCCCGUUAUAUGGUUAUCUAUAUCUUUUGUUAACUAUUUCGGCUGUACAUCGUCAUACCUCCUAAUUUGGGUAUCUAUAUCUUUUGUGAAAUAUUUGGGCUUGGUGUUUUGUAUGGCUUCAUCAUUUGCCAAAUAGUGUUCUGCCUUUGUCUUUUACAAAAAAGUACAUUAAUAGAAUUCUUUAAUAUUAGUAUAUUGUACUCUCCAUAUGUUGAUAUUUUUGUAGCUGCCAUAGAACUCCAUAAGUAUUUAAUUAGUUCAUAGUAUUUUUGUGUAGCAUAGUCUGUUAUAUUUCAGGGAAAACAUUAAUACAUUCUUUAUAAUACAAUGAAAUUAUAAAUAAAUCACUUACUUUUUUAAAUGUCAAUAUACAGUAAUUAAUUGAUUUAUUUUCAAUUUAUCUUUAUUUUUAUAUAAUCAAAUCAGACAUGCAUACAUUUAUAACCAGCUGUUUGGUAGAAAAUCUCGUACAAUCUUUAUAAAUAAAAUGUCUUUUGUCCAAUAGAAACAAUUUAUCAUUGUAUUCACUUGGAGACUUUUCUAACGCAACACUUUCAAACUUGAAUAUCUCGGUAAAUAGUUAAGAUUGUGAUCGUUUGACUCUAUGCUGAGUAAGCUCACAAUAAAAUCAUUCAUCUUUGACGAUCCGAACCUUAAGCAUGUGUGGUGUAUGUAUUGUUUCAGCUUUUUGCGCGUGGAAAUGGUGCUUAAGCGUCCAAUCGUCAUCGAUGAAUGAUUUUAUCGAAAACUUGCUCAGAAUGUAGUCAAAUUAUCACAUUAAAAAAAAAAAAAUCGUAACUUAUAACUAAGAUAUAUAAGUUUGAAUAGUGUUGCAUUAGAAAAGUCUCCAAGUGCAUACAAACAUGUACUGUCUGAUACAACUAUGGUCAUUGAACACAAUUUGGUUGUAGAACUAUUUGUUAACAACUCAAAUAGAACUUGAGCAGAGCACACUUAAAUAUACAUCUCAUUUCAGUUGUGCAAAUAUUUAACAAAUCAUACUAAGUGAUAUUAGAUACAGUUUUCAUUGUGUUCGCCAAUAAGAAGUGGCACUUCUCUUGAACUCUAGUGUUGUCACCAACUUUACAACGUGAUUUAUAUUACAUACAUUUUCUUUUGAUGUUCAGUAAUUGAGACAUUAUGCUAAUUUGCUAAACAAAUGUCGGAAAUGCUAACCCCUAUCAAAAUAUGAACACUCUUUCCUGUUUCAAGUAUAUAAUAGUAAGACCUCUUCAAAAAAGAGAAAAUGCUAUCUUUUCUGGACAUCAGUAAUAUUCUGACAUAAAAAUAAUCUCUCACACACACACACACUCAACACAAUACUGUUUGUACUUGUAGCAUUUAUUUGUGUGAAAAUAUGUUUUAUAUAUAAACACACAUAAAAUACUGUCAGAUAUAUUUGAUUUGACUACAUCAUAAUGGUUAUAUUAUCAUUUGUUUGUCAACAUAAUAAGAUUUAUAUUUAAAUAUUUGUAAAGUAAGGUGCUUAAUUGAACAAUCUUCCACAUGUUUUGUAGCACAGUUUGCUUUUGACACUUGAUUUCAUAGCUUUAUACUCACAUAUACUCUUAGAGUGAUGUUUGUUUCCCACUAUAAUGGCUGUCUUUCUUCGCAAAUCUGUCUUGCUUAUUAUUAAAUCAUUAAUUUUUUUGUUAUUUUGUAUUGUAGAAGGAAAUGUGAAUGCUAAUAUGCCUUAAAUAACAUAAUCCGUUUAUGGUAUUACUGUUUCAAGCUACCAUUAUUUUGUUAUUGGUAGUUGUUUGUUUGUCAAUGUGUUCAAUUUGCUUAUGUAACAUUAUUGUUAUUAAGUAUAUGUUUUGUAAAUUGUUACAGUUUUUCCUUUACUUUUGAUAGUAGUUGAUCAAAAUGUAAUGAAAUAAUUAAUAAUCUAUAAGGGGUAUACCAUUGAUCCAGAAUUUACCUCGCAAUUGAGCUGCAACCUGGGAAAACUGGGCUUAAUUGAUUUGUGUAAAGUGAUGUCCCAGACGAGCCAGUGCAAGAUGCACAGGCUUACCAGGGACGACACUUAAUGCACAUGUAUUAAGCCUUGUUGUUUUCUUCUAGAGCACAGCUUUAUUUUGAGAUAACUGAAAUUAUUCUGCACAUGGUGAGCUUUGAGAUCAACAUUAGAAUGUCAUCGAUUGUGAAAUACUAACACUUUGAAUGUUGCAUUUUUUCUGCAACCUUUAUGAAACUUGAUAGGAAAUUGUGCUCAUGACUGAUGACUCAAAAACAAGGUCAAUUUGAUUUAAACGUUUCUGAGCCCUAUAAUAGUAGUUGCACACAAUAAACAAUCUUUAUAACAAAUGGCCCUCUUUUUCCAUUAUGUCAAAUUUUGGUAUGUGUGAGUUGUUAUAUUUUGUUUCAUGGUUUUAAAUAAAUCAUACAAUCUAGUUAAAAUAAUUGAGAUUGAUUUUGACUUUAUUACUGAAGACAUUAUUUUGUUUAUGAUCAAAAUACACAUAAAAUUUAUUUUUAUUACACAAUGAACUGCUAUUGUGGAUGUGUGUAUUGUUUUUCAAAAACAACAUAUUGCAUUGAGCAUGUGUGUGUGUGUGUGACAAUUGAGACUGCUAUAAGAUCUAGUUUGAAUCAUAUAGUACCUCUGACUUUGUAUAAUUAGAACUUGUAUUUCUGUAUCAAGCUCUUGUUCUUGAUAAUCAAAAAGCAAAUCAGCUUGUUACCCCCAUACUUAAUCACGAUGUUGCUUUAGUGACAUAAACAGCGUUGUAGGGCAUCCGGGCAAUGACAUCCAUCUUUGGCUUGCAAGAAGUAGGUUCUGAUUGGCCUGGUUUGAAAUGAUGUGGCCGAAAUUAUGGAAAAUGAUGAUUGUUAUUUAUCUGUCAAAACACCUGUUAAGCCAGAAGCAGAGUUGGUACCAAUAUCUACUAAAAGACCUUUGGAGUUGGUCAGUAUUGACUUUUUUAUCACUAGAAAAUUCCAAGGAUUCCUAUUUGGAUAAGUAAGUUAUAGUGGUCCAUUUCACUUAUUAUGCCCAAAAACAACUGCCAGAGCAUUUUAUUACUUUCUUCAUCAAAACAACCCCUUAGUGAUCAAAAAAGGAAUUUCGUUGGAAAAACCAUAACUGAGCUCUGUAAAUGUACAGGCAUUAAGAAAUGUUAGACUAUAUUCUAUAAAAUAUAAUGGAUAAUGGUGCAGCUGAAAGGUUAAACCACCCAUUAAUAAGCAUGUUGAAAAACAGAAACCUUACAAGUGCAGUGCAAAUCUGGUUGGAAAAAGUUUUGUAGCUCAACAAGUGCAAGCCUAUGAUGCCCCAUUCAUAAUGAUAUUAUUUGUUUACUCCAAAGUCCCUUUGCUGGUUAGUGAUUUAAUGAAGUAUAUUAGCAACACAAGCAAGCAACAUAUAUUUUGGGUUAUGUUCACCAUUCAAACAUAAACUAAUUGACCUAAAAUCACAAUUACUUAACAUUUAUAUCCAUAUAUAUUUUUUAUAUUUAUGACAUUUGAUCAGGGUGUUAUACAUUUGGCUUGCUUUUUUAGAGUUCUAGUAGAAUGUUGACAAAAGGCCUACACAUUCAGUAUGGUAUUUGCAUAUUUUUGGUUUGUUAUUUGGAGUAAAAGGUGUGUUUUUAAUACAAUUUUCAACCAUAAUACUGAUCAAACGGCAUUUACUACCUCAUCUUGUAAUAUAAUGCCAAAGGGAAGAAAUUGAUUUCAUUAUGGUUUAAAUUUGUCUUCAUUUGUGCUACGUUUUGUGUUAUAUAAAACAUCACUGAACUGUUGUAUUUUCUUAAGUUUGAUAUUGAUUAAAUUUAAGCUUUCUGUAUUAAAUAUAUUAUGCUCUUU